GCUUUUAUUGCAAAAUCGUGAAAACUUACCAAAUAUCAUUUCUCCUGAUUUACAUAAAGAUGCAUUUCUAUUGUCACAAUUUGCUCUUCUCAUGGCUCUUAUCUAACAUCUAAUUACCGAAUUUGUGUAAGAGUAGAAUUCGGGGAUGUCUGGUGGCUUUAAUUAAAAACGACAAACUUCUAACAAAAUUUAAAAAAUUCAACUUGACACUGAUGUGAAGCCAAAGGUUGGUGUUAAAUAUUUUAAGACAUCAGACAGGGGAGUCGUUAUGAAAUUGGCUGCGCUUCCGAUAAAGUAUGAGGUAAUUUAUGAGUUCAGUGGCGGGAUGAUAAAUCUUUUCUUCAAAUGUUCAUAAUUAGAACAAAAUUUGCAUCUUCUCGACUUGAUUAUAUGCACGACAAGACGUAGCCAAAUUGAUUUUUAUGUCCCACGGUUGUAAAAGUAAAUUAAUUAUAAUCAUGAAUUUGUAAACACCGAAACAUGAAUGGGCCUACGCCACUGGUGGCGGGAAUAGAUUGGGGGAUUCCGCUGAAACGUAAACCUUUACUAUAAAUAUGGAUACUAUUGUGAAUUUCUUUUACUUUUGUUGUGACUUUGUGUGAGUUAAUACAAAAUGAUUAAAUUCAUUGUGCCCUUCACGCUGCUGUUUGUGACCACAAAAGCCGACGUCCAAGACUUAUACCAAAAUCAAAACAGCCGUCUCUUAUCGCCUUUUGGAAACCGACCCCCUUUUGCGGCCAAUCCCGGCCCUGCAAUUAAAUUCGAUACUCCCAAUCGUGGGCCACAGGUGGCAAUUCUUCGGCAGGAGCAAACGGUAGAUCCUGAUGGUAGCUACAAAUGGGCGUAUGAAACCGCCAAUGGCAUUGCGGCUCAGGAACAAGGAGCUUUGAGGCCACAAGGGGGCCCUGAGCCGUCUAUUGCCGCUCAAGGAUCGUUUGGGUACACGUCUCCUGAAGGCCAACCAAUCUCCUUGACUUAUACGGCCGAUGAAAAUGGGUUUAGGCCUCAGGGGGCUCAUUUGCCCACGCCUCCACCUAUUCCUCCUGCGAUACUCAGGGCCUUGGAGUGGAUUGCUGCGCAUCCGGAACCGAAUCAAAAUCUCAGAUUUUAAGUAUUUUUGUAGCAAUAUAUUGUAGAAUAUAUUUUUGUAAAAAAAGUAAUAGCUAUUUAUG